AAAAAUGUCGAUCCCGUUUAUAUUGUGACUUUGUGCUAAGCACAUCACUAGUAAUAACAUGUCAACGAGACGAGAAUGGCUGACAUUGGAGCAUUGUUAUUAUAGAUAAGUUGUUCAAAGAUGGCUGUUGUUAAAACCCCAGUGCUGAAAGUGAUAUUGUGUGGCGAAUACGGAGUUGGGAAAAGUUCAAUUUUCCGUCGAUUUAUCAACAAUACAUUUGUUCCUAAUUCAGACAGAAGGUCAACUUUAGGACUGGACCACUUUGAAAAACCGUAUCAGCUUACAGACAAAACCGUCAAGUUGCAACUAUGGGAUACCGGAGGCAUGGAACGAAUUGCUUCUGUUACCUCAAGCUACUACAAGUUUGCUGAGGCAGCAAUACUGGUGUUCUCUCUUGACAAUGCAUCCUCAUUUCAUGUCCUAAGUCAACAUUUGUUGGACAUUGUAACAUAUGCAGAGAAUGCUAAAAUAUUUCUAUGUGGAAACAAAUCUGAUUUGGAAGGCUCAUCUCCGCAAGUGACUGAUGCUGACAUUGAAACUUUUUGUGAACAGUGUCACAAUCUUAUCAGCACCACAUAUAAAACUUCAUGUAAAACUGGACAAGGCAUUGAGGAGAUGUUUACUGAUAUUGCAAUUCAGCUAGUGGAAUCAAAUAGAUCAAGAAUUGAACUGCAAACCUUAGAUCACAAUAGUUUCAAGAUAUCAAACCCUGAACCUGUGGAGGAGCCAUCAUGUAGUUGUUGAUUCAUGUAUUUGUUGCUUUAAUUAACAUAAUUUGUAUAUUUUUAAGCUAUUAUGUGCAUAAUAAAAUAGCUUUGAUGAAUAGAAUAACUGAAAGUGAAAAACAAGCAUUAGUAUAAGUUCAUUGAGGAUGCCUAAUUCUGCUAAGUCACUUAGUUUAUUUUCUAUGACUUUCUAAAAAGGACAACUCUUAACGUAAUAAGCUUAGGAAAGCAACUUUUGUAUUUACAAUCUUUCUUCAGUACAUAUGUAUAAAUAAUUAAUAGAAGAUGCUGUGCAACUUCUUAAUUUGUUAUGGUUGUUGAUUUUAUUUGUUGUGUUUAUUUGUAUCUCCAGUAUUCAAAUGGAUGAAAGCUAAAUGGCCUAACAGUAUUAUGUAGUUUAAGCCAUUAUAUAGGUUGAUUGAUCAUUCCGAGCCAAGAAUCAAAUUUUGAAAUCUCAGUAGAUGUAUUUUUUUAGACUACACUUCAUCCAGUGUUUAUUUUUCUGUAGCGGUGUUUAUUACCUUUGUGAUUUGUUGAACUGUUCAGUUUAAUGUACUUUUUAUGUGGCAGUGUAGACAUAUGUUAUAAAAAUGUUAUUGAUGUUUCUUGCCAUAAACAUCUUCAGUGUUACAGUAUAGAUAUGUGAACCAGAUACCUUUUUGCCAUAUUUAUCAUUCCUUCUCUUUAAACUUUGGUUAACUUACGAGAAUGUCAUUCAUUAAUAUUUAUAUAAGUACAGGAAUUUUGGAAUGUGAUUAGCAAAACAGUUUGACACAGGAAAUUGUACUUUAUUAAACAUAAACAAAAACUGCAGAAGUCUUGCUGCAGCUGCGUUUUACUGUAAGUUGAUAUUAAACACUGAUUUAACAAUAUAA